AAAGACGGGGUAUUUGGGGGCGUCGUCAAAUAUAUUCUCCCUUCUGACAUAUAAUUUCCUCCUCCACCGAAUCACCAGCAAACAGAUAUCACAUCUAGCAGAGAAGAGAGUUUUUUUCUCUGUUAGAUUUCUGAAAUCAUUUACACUAGAUAGAAAUAAUCUUCUCUUUUGUUCUAGAAGAAUAAUCAGCUUGGAUUUUCAAAGAGAUUUCAAGGUUUGAUUGGUGUAUUUUUACCUGUUUGUGUAUUGGUGAAUUGAAGGAACCAAAAAGGAGGAGUUCUUGAAAGAGGGAAUGCUGAAAGAUGUGCAUCAACGUCGAGAACUCCACCUCCACCGCAUCUAAAUUCGAUCAGGUAGAUCAAUCUGAGUUACUCGGUAGUAUCGUCAGACGCAUAGAUCACAAGACGGUUUGUCUAUUCUCAAUACAGAAUGUGGGUAAAUGUUAUAGAAUAGAUUUCCAGUUAAAAGAUAAAGACGGUUGAAUUGAAUUGAAUUUCUCUUUGAAAACUCCUGUGCUGUGUAUGUAUAUACAUAUAUUGUGUGUAACAGGAGAUUUGAUUCCGAGUAGUUUGGAAUGGAUACAAAGACGGGUAUAUUGAUGGAAAAGUAUGAAUUGGGGAGAGUGUUGGGACAAGGUACGUUCGCAAAGGUUUAUUAUGCGAGGAACCUGCAGUCUGGACAAAGUGUGGCGAUUAAGGUUAUUGAUAAAGACAAGGUUAUGAAAGUUGGGUUGAUUGAGCAAAUCAAAAGAGAGAUUUCUAUAAUGAAGCUGGUUAGACAUCCAAAUGUAGUGCAGCUUUAUGAGGUAAUGGCUACUAGGACUAAAAUCUAUUUCGCUGUGGAGUAUUGUAAAGGCGGUGAGCUUUUUAACAAGGUAGCGAAAGGAAAGUUGAAGGAGGAUGUUGCUAGGAAAUACUUUCAACAGUUGGUUAGUGCAGUUGAUUUUUGCCAUAGUAGAGGCGUUUACCAUCGAGAUUUGAAACCUGAGAAUUUGCUGUUAGAUGAUAAUGGUAAUUUGAAGGUUUCGGAUUUUGGGUUGAGUGCUCUGGCCGAAUCGACACGUCAAGAUGGGUUACUACAUACAACUUGUGGAACUCCUGCUUAUGUUGCUCCUGAAGUUAUUAGUAGACAUGGAUACGAUGGAGUUAAGGCUGACAUAUGGUCGUGCGGGGUGAUCUUAUUUGUUUUGUUAGCUGGUUACCUUCCAUUUCAAGAUGCCAAUCUGAUGGAGAUGUACAGGAAGAUUGGUAGAGGAGAAUUUAAAUUUCCUAAUUGGUUUCCAGCAGAUGUGCGCAGGCUUCUGUCAAAGAUCUUAACUCCAAACCCAUAUGAGAGAAUCUCAAUGGCAAAGAUCAUGGAAAGUUCUUGGUUCAGAAAGGGGUUGAAUGCCGAAGUAGAAAAGCCUUCACGGAAAAGCAAGGGACCGAGCCUUUCUUCUGUGGAUGUUGAUGCAUUGUUCAGUCGUAAUACCGAUAACAGCAGUACUAGUAGUUCAGAAACAAAGCCAACUAAUUUGAAUGCAUUUGAUAUUAUAUCCCUUUCAGCGGGAUUUGAUCUGUCGGGUUUGUUUGAGAAAACUGACAAUAAGAAGAAGGAAUCGAGAUUUAUGUCAAGGCAGCCUGCCCCAACCAUUAUCUCUGCGCUGGAGGAUGCUGCUCAGCGCCUGAGGUUAAAGGUGAAAAAGAAGGAUGGAGGACACCUGAAAUUUGAAGGGACAAAAGAAGGUAGAAAGGGAGUACUGUCCAUUGAUGCAGAGAUAUUCGAGGUAACUCCAUCUUUUCAUUGGGUGGAAAUGAAGAAAUCUAGCGGCGAUACCAUGGAGUAUCAGAAUAUGUUGGAACAUUGUUUAAGACCAGCGCUCAAGGACAUCAUUUGGGUUUGGCAAGGUGAUCAACCUCGUGCUCUGCCACCACAGAUAAGAGACGAGCAACAAGAAGAACAGCAACAACAAGAAGACCAGGAACAAAUUCAACAACCGCAACAAGAAGAAGUUACACUGCAACAACAACCACAACAACAGGAAGAAGAAAUACAGACGCUGCAGCCUUCUUGAGGGUACAACUGCCAAGUCUUUUAACCUUUAGAUGCGUCACAUUUUUGAACCUCAACCUCCCCAUUUUGACCUUUUACCGGAUACAAAAAUCAGUACAUUGUUCUGUUCCUAGUAAAAUUGUGGUAUUUGUCAUUGUAAAGUACAUACAUAUUCUGUAAACUAAUUGUAGCAAUUUGUGUGUAUUUUUUUUUUCUUUGCUUCAAUGGAAGUCUAUUUUGUGAUCCUCGUA